GCAAAUCUGUACCAUACGGUUGAGGUUGCCGCGAAUCGAGGGAUGUAUAUAACGUGCUCAUCUAGUCAUCCUUUCAUUUUAGCCUGUUUUAGACAUUUUCAAAUGUAAUCCUCGCUCGACAGCCAGAAAUAUAGGCGUGACAUCUGACAAGGCGUGAGGAACGGAUCAUCCCUUUCUUCCAUUUUAUCCAGAAACUAAACUGCCUCAAUACACGCACAUACAUAUGCGCCUCACCUCUGGUUCGCGAGCAAACACGUGUGCUCAGGCCACCAUACCCAGAUAAAGUCAGAGGUCAGUUGAAAAUUGGCAAGAAAAUUCCAGGAAGAAAGCUAUUUCCCAGAUUGGAUUCCAACGCGUUUAUCAACCGACAGCAAAUAAAGAGAUAAACCCACUUUCUAGUUUCUCUCCUAUCUGUCGUUGACGUUGUCAUCACCUCCAGGCGCUUUCCGCCGCCGCCGCCCCUUGAAAGUCUCACCAGUUUACCAGACCGUUCUUUAAAGAACUGAGCUUUCUGUAUGUAGGUGUAAAUUUUCAUGUGUUGUUGUUGAUUUUGUUUAUUGAGGAGGAAGUAGACCCAGAUUUGUGAUGGUGGAUCUGAGGUUUUUGGCGUUAUUGGUGGUGCUCUGUGCGGCUUUUACUGAUGGGAAUAGCAAUCUGGUGUUCAAGGUGAAGCAUAAGUACGGCGGACGUGGGAGCUCCGUCCUGAGGGAGCUGAGGGCCCAUGAUUCAUCCCGCCACCGCCGGAUGCUCGCCUCCGUCGACUUCAAAUUGGGCGGAAAUGGUCAACCCACGGAUGCUGCGCUAUACUACACUAAGCUUUCAAUUGGAACUCCUUCAAAGGAAUAUUAUGUCCAAGUUGAUACUGGUAGUGACAUUUUAUGGGUGAACUGUGCUGGCUGUAUCAAGUGUCCUACAAAGAGUAACAUUGGGAUUGAUUUGACGCUAUAUGACAUGAAAACCUCUUCGACAGCAAAGGCAGUUGGUUGUGAUCAUCAUUUUUGCACCACUAUGUUCAGCACUCCAUAUUCUGAUUGCAAGGCUGGAAUGCCGUGUGAAUAUCAGGUUUCUUAUGGGGAUGGAAGCAAAACAGCAGGAUACUUUGUCCAAGAUAAUGUUCAUUUUGAUCAGGUGUCAGGAAACCUUCAAACAAAGUCAAUGAAUGGGACUAUAGCAUUUGGGUGUUCAGGACAACAAAGUGGAGAGCUAGGCACAUCUACUGAAGCAGUUGAUGGGAUAGUUGGUUUUGGACAAGCAAACUCAUCCCUCAUUUCACAGCUAGCAGUAUCUGGGAAGGUGAAAAAGGUAUUUUCACACUGCUUAGAUGGUAACAACGGAGGGGGCAUAUUUGCUAUUGGACAAGUUGUUCAUCCUAAAGUAAAAUCAACACCACUAGUUCCAGAUCAGCCGCAUUACAAUCUCAUUAUGAAGGGAAUUGAGGUGGGUGGUGUUCCUCUUGUUCUCCCAACAUAUACAUUUGACAUAGACUCUUCAAGGGGGACGAUAAUUGACAGUGGUACAACCUUAGCAUACCUUCCAGACAAAAUCUAUAACUCUAUCACUACAAAGAUAUUUAAAAAACAAAGUAGCCUGAAGAAAUAUACAGUUGAUGAGCAGUUCAGUUGCUUUGACUACACCCAAGACAUUGAUGAAGGAUUCCCAGUUGUCUCUUUUGUUUUUCAAAAUUCACUUCGCUUGGAAGUUUACCCACAUGAUUAUCUUUUUGAAGUCAAGGAUAAUGCAUGGUGCAUUGGUUGGCAAAGCAGUGGAAUACAGACACGAAGUGGGGCAGAAAUAACGUUGCUAGGAGACAUGGUACUAUCUGGCAAGCUGGUUGUGUAUGAUCUAGAAAACCAGACAGUUGGCUGGGCAGAUCAUAACUGCUCUUCAAGCAUUAAGGUAAAAGACCAGACGUCUGGUAAAGUUUAUUCUGUGGGCGCUCAUGAUAUAUCAUCGGCGUAUAUAGUCGGAGAGAUUUGCAAUUUUUUUAUUCUGUUAAUCUGUACGAUUCUUAUAUGUAAUUUAUAUAUGUAAUUUGAUGAUAUAGAAUUGAAUCUGAAAGACCUCACCCCCCCUGUUAUUUUUUUACUUUCUGAUUUGUUAAAAUUGGAUCUCAUUCUUUGUGAAUUGUGUCUUUCGUCACAUUCUCUUGUCUUUUACUUCCUUGGCAGGAGUACACCUUAUGACACUAAACAUAAAACAUCCAUGUUUAAUUAAAAGCAGUAAUUUGUGAAAAA